AUGGCAGAGGAUUCAAUGCGUGCAGAACCCACCUUCGAGCUAUUGGGCGACGUCUGGACGAUCGCCAACCAGCGGGGGACAACGCUCGACCUUUCACGUGCUACCCGUACUCAGUCGGUGCAAGUUUGCGAAUGCGAUGGUCUGAAGCUCAUCAUUCCCGACAAAAUUGUCUCCCUCUCCAUUGUCUCCUGCAGCAACGUGGAGGUAGACAUGCACUCCUCCAUCUCCGGCCUGGAGCUCACAGAUUGCCAUGGCGUAAAGAUCCGUGUAAAGAGCAGCUUGCCCUCGGCUGCCAUCGACAAGUGCCAGCAGGUUGGAUUCUGGAUCACUAGCGCGAAUGCGGAAUACAUCAUGUUCACGUCGUGCAAGUCCGGCGACAUGAACGUCAACGUGAACCGCAACACCAGCGGCAACGUCGAUGAGGACGACUGGGUGGAGAGGCCCAUCCCCGAGCAGUUUGAAAGCCGUUUCAACGCCAAACUGCAACUCGACACGAAGCCUUCUAUGUUAUACUAA